CCCACCUUCUUCGACACGGAAAAGGAAAGAAAACAAAGCUGGACUGAGAAAAUGGCUAACGACGAAGAAGAGCCACCUCUUGCUAUUCAAAUUGACCAAGCUGUCCAAGAACCUUCUCAAUCCAAUCCAGAGCAACCUCAGGACGACAACGUUUCAGUUGGGGUGACCGUCAUCACAGGCUACCUCGGUGCCGGCAAAUCCACUCUUGUUAAUUAUAUAUUGAAUGCCCAACAUGGGAAAAGGAUUGCUGUGAUUUUGAAUGAGUUUGGUGAAGAGAUUGGAGUUGAAAGGGCUAUGAUAAAUGAAGGAGAAAGUGGUGCCCUUGUUGAAGAAUGGGUUGAACUGGCGAAUGGGUGUGUUUGUUGCACUGUAAAACAUAGUUUGGUUCAAGCCCUGGAACAACUUGUUCAAAUGAAAAAAAGACUUGAUCAUAUAUUGUUAGAGACCACAGGGUUAGCAAAUCCUGCUCCUCUGGCAUCAGUUCUUUGGUUGGAUGAUCAACUGGAAUCUUCAGUCAAGCUUGAUUCUAUAGUUACUGUUGUAGAUGCCAAAAACCUGCAUUUUCAGCUCAACAGUCAUCGUGACUCUUCUUCAUUUCCUGAAGCAUUUCUUCAAAUAGCAUUUGCGGAUGUUGUAAUUCUUAACAAGGUUGAUUUGGUUUCUCCAGAGGGGUCUGAAGGUACUGUAGAGGAGCUGGAGAAUGAGAUACAUAGCAUAAACUCCCUUGCUAAUGUCAUUCAUUCUGUUCGGUGUCAAGUAGACUUGUCUCAGAUACUGAACAGGCAAGCGUAUGAUGCUAAGCAUGCCACUUAUUUAGAAGCACUCUUAGAAGAAAGCAAAUCCAUACCUUCCAGAGAUCUUCAUGAUAGUGGUGUGCGGACAUUAUGCUUCAAUCAGACAGAAGCUGUUGAUCUUCAUAAGGUCCGUUUAUGGAUUGAGGAGAUUCUUUGGGAUAAGAAAUAUGGCCUGGAUGUAUAUCGCUGCAAAGGGGUUUUAAGUAUUCAAAACUCUGAUCAUCUACAUACUUUGCAGGCUGUAAGAGAGAUCUAUGAGCUUGUUCCAGCUCGCCAAUGGAGAAAGGAGGACAAGCAGAUGAACAGGAUAGUGUUUAUCGGUCAUAAUCUGGAUGAAAAUAUUCUCGCUGAUUCCUUUCGAGGUUGCAUAUGACACCUUAAUCUGAGCAACACUGACACUCCUGUGAAUUCUUCUCAAUAAAAUCAGAAUAUUGAAGCUACUGUUUAAACCCCUAGUACUCAUGUGAAGUAACAGGCUUUUUAGCUGGAAAUUCAUGAAGCUAAGCUACUUUUUUGUCAUCUGCAUAUGAAUCAAGUCCUACACUUUUUUUUUUCUCUUAAUGGUUAAUGUUCUUCACUAAUGAAGUUCACAACUUUGAGAUUUACUAUAACAAUAAUUGCAAAACCUUGAUACUUAA